UGGAGCGAAAUCAUGUGUACACAAUUUAGGGAUCACCGGUGACAUCUUACGAUAAUAUUUGUGUAUUACUGUUCAUGUCUAUACAAAAAAUACAAGAUACAAAAUUUGUGAGAACAUCUUGACACAUGCGGGAUGCAAUUAAAAAAAAUUUCUCGAGUAACAUUCAAUUCAUCAAAUUGUGCAUAUCUGUUGAAACAAAUCACGAACAUCAUGGUUUUAACAAGAACUUACCUCGUUAAUAUCUGUAUACGGUUACUACCCCUUGCAACACCAGUGGACAGUAUCGCCAUCAUGUAGAUAAUUACCCGAACCGAUAACUGCACUAACCUACUCGAAUUUAGCGGAAUGCAUCAAUAUGGCCUUUGGUAGUUCAGUCGCGCGACCGUUCGUUAAUUAUUUAAGUAAUUUUACGGUACGUAUAAGUGUAUGUUGACAUAAACAUUUCGCCGAAAUGAAUAUGUCAGUUGAGAAGAAAAAAUACCCAUCCGCACUGCCAACGAAUUGGCCGACGAGGGAUGAAACUACCAGGAAGAGCCAAAACCAAUUGUCAACUACGGGGAAGGUUGACGUUUAUUAUUACAGUCGUGGAGUCAGGAACGACGCGUCGUUGGUACCACCGAUAAGGCAGACAGCGUCCAUUUUUAAACAACCAGUCACAAUUUAUAAAACCCAGGAGGGAAAAGUGAAAGAUAUUAAGCAUGGGAAUCAAGAAAAACCAAAACAGGAAGGAGCCGAUAAAGCUGAAGGCAAAUACGGCUCCCAAGAUAAGCCUAAACAGUUAUUUUGGGAGAAACGUUUGGAGGGAUUAAGGGCGUGUGAUCCAGACGGUUUUGAAUUCGACGCAAUGGAUUUACCAAAAAGUUUGAAACCAGUUGGACCAUAUAUUACAGAAGAAACUCUUCUUCAAAGUGUUGCAACUGCUCUGCAUGUUUCUUCGCAACCAGUCACUGGACAGACGGGUUCAAAAACAGCUUUAGAGAAGAAUCCCGGGGUAUUUCUUAAUCCCGAUCAACCCCUCGUACAGGCGGUCUCGAUAGCGGACGACGACAUCAAGAAGCAGGAGGACCGAGUAGCAAUAGCGAGAAGAAAGUUGCAAGAUGCGUUACGAGGGGUUCCUUCGUAAAUUGUACAAUUCCGUUUAGCUGUAUUUCCAUUCGCUCAUCCCUAGUCUUAAGUUCGUCAUAAAUUAUGUCACACCGGUUUUUAUAAUAAAUGUUUUGUAAAGAAACAAACGUGACCACUGUAUGAUGCUUACAAUGUAAGUUCGAGAAAAGAAACAUAAAUUGUUUUCAAUUAUCCCC